AUGUCCAAAAGAUCUCUUAUAGGAACAUACACGGCUCCACAGCUGUUUCUAGAACCAGAAACAGAAGAAGACUCCACCGAAAAACACGUGGUCCAGAAAGAUGACUACAAGGCCCAGAAACACAACCGGCUGAUCAACGUUGACCAGAUCGCUUCAUACAAAGAACGCAUGGCGCAACUGGCACGAUCACGGGAGCAGAAGCAGAAAGCAUUGGAGGAGCAGCAGGAUCCAGAGAAUGGAUCUGAUGCAAAAAGAGCUAAAAUUGAAUCGAAACUGGUCAAAUUUGUCGUGGCAUCCGAGUCAGAGCCAUCAGAACCAAAGGACAGCUCGAAAGCCUUAGCAGCGAAACAGGGGCUGGCAGAGGUAUCUGUUGUUGAUGUAGUAUAUCCUAUUUAUAACGGAGUCAAGCUCACAAACGAGGCUUUGGAUGCCAUCCUUCCGUCUGGAUUCGUAGCUGUGGCACUACCAGAUCAGUCUCUGGAAAAGAAAGACGACAGCGGCUUCUAUGUAGUUCCUCUGAAAGUCAGCUCAGCCCAUACCGUCAACGAUACGCUCCCCGAAUAUGAGGGAAUCACCAUGAGAAAGGAGGAUAUCAAGUAUUUUUCCUCGCUCAUCAACGUCACCAUAGACGAGAUCGCUGACGCUGAAGACAGAAAGAAAUUCCGUGCCAUGGAGUUGGUCUUCAAAAUCAAGAACGGCACCCCGAUCAUCCGUAAGAAGGCCAUGAAGGCGAUUAACGUUAGCGCCAAGGACUUGGGCUCCAACGUCUUGUUUGCAGUGGUACUUCCGCUCAUGCUCGAACCGAGCUUAGACCUUGCUGACAGAUACAUUGUCACAAAAUUACUCGGAAGACUAGUGUAUCAAUUGCAAGAUGCCAUAAGACCAUAUACCCACCAAAUAAUUACAGCCUUGGCGCCGUCUUUGAUCGACGAAGAUCUAACUCUAAGACUAGAGACGAAGGACGUCAUUUCCAAUGUGGCUCGUACUGCGGGAUUUGCCAAUAUGGUGUCAAGUCUCCGCCCUGACUUGGAUCACGCGGACGAGUAUGUCAGAAAUCUCACGGCUCGUGUCUUUGCCAUUGUUGCAUCGGCACUUGGGCUCGCAAAAGUUCUUCCCUUCGUCAAAGCAGUGAUUCGCCUGAAAAAAAGCUGGCAGGCCAGACAUACCGGUAUCAGAAUCGUUCACCAUAUAUGUAUAUUACUAGGCGGAGGCAAUGGGGCUCUGAUCCUUCCGUUCCUCGCUCAACUCAUUGAGGUGCUCCAGCCUGGAUUCACGGACGAGCUCGUUUCUGUGAGAACAGCAACCGCUAAUACAACGGCCUUGCUAGGGGAAAGCGUGAAGCCGUAUGGAGCCGAGGCAUUUGAAAUUCUUCUAGAGCCAGUUUGGAAUGGUCUCAAGAGCCACCGGGGAAGGAGUCUUGCCGCAUUUCUCAGAUGCAUGGGUUCUAUAAUUCCUCUCAUGAGCCACAACCCAGAAUACAUCGAAUAUUCUAAUUACUACACCCGGGAACUCAUGAACGUGAUGGCGCGAGAGUUUUCGAGCCCUGAUGACGAUAUGAAGAAGUCCCUCCUAAGAGUUCUCACUACAAUGCCUCUUUCAAAAGUCUUAUUCCCUGAUUAUAAGAAGAAGAUCUUGACACCAUUCUUUCUGAAUUUUUGGACGAGGCGAGUCGCAUUAGACUCUGCUCAACUCUCAAGAUUGGUGGUCGAUGCCACGGCUCUGGUAGCCCAAAAGCUCGACGUACCUGCCAUCUUUGAUAAACUUGUACCAUACGCAAAGGACGACAACGAGGGUCUCCGAAGAAUGGCAUGCGAUGCAAUUGGAAAGAUCUUGAAUGUGAUUCCCGAAGCUGUUAUGGAAAUCGAUGUCGAGUUUGACACCCGCUUGGUUGACUCUGUUUUAUUCGCUUUUCAAGAACAAAAACAGCCUCACCCAGUGUAUCUUCUGGCCUUUGGUAUAGUCUGCAAAGUAUUGGGAUUGCGUGUGAAACCACAUAUUGCCCUGAUUUUAAGUACCAUGCUUUACAGAAUUAAGAGUAGUGAAGCAGAAGUUAGGCAACAAGCAGCAGACUUGAUUGCAACCAUUGCUGAUACCAUUCAAUUAUGCUCAGGAGGAGACGACACCGUUAUGCGAAAGCUCAUCUUGUUCUUGUACGAGCUGUUAGGAGAGGUUUAUCCUGAGGUUUUGGGCUCCAUUAUCGGUGCCCUCUACGGCUGUCUCAAUGCGCUUGAGAGAGACGCCCUAUUGACUCUCGAUAAUCCAUCUGUCAAUGUGUUGCUUCCAACUCUCACGCCAAUUUUGAAGAACAGACAGGAAAAAGUUCAAGAGCAGUGCAUUAAACUUGUAGGCUUAAUUGCCAAGCGCAAUGCUGAGACUAUCAAUGCGAAGGAGUGGAUGCGUGUUUGCUUCGAUCUCUUGGAUAUGCUUAAGUCUCAGCGAAGACGCAUCCGAGUAGCUGCUAAUGCCACAUUCGGUGACAUUGCACGCACAAUUGGGCCGCUGGACGUCCUUCUCAUGUUACUCAAUAAUCUUCAGAUGCAAGAGCGUCAGCUUCGUGUCUGCACAGCAGUUGCAAUUGGAAUUGUGGCAGAGACUUGCUCACCAUUCACUGUUCUUCCAGCACUCAUGAAUGAGUAUCGCUAUCCCGAUAAGAACGUGCAGAAUGGUGUAUUGAAAGCAAUGAGUUUUCUUUUCGAGUACCUUGACGGCUCCACAUCGAAGGAUUACUUGUUUGCCAUAGCUCCAUUAUUAGAAGAUGCCUUGACCGAUCGCGAUCAAGUUCAUCGUCAAAUUGCAUCCACAGUCGUUCGGAACCUUGCAUUAAAUUGCUAUGGUUUGGCGCAUGAUGACUACCACGAUGUUUUCAUCCACUUCCUCAAUCUUGUGAUUCCAAAUAUAUUUGAAACAUCUCCACAUGUCAUCAUCCGUAUUCUCGAAUGUUUGGAUUCCUUACGUAUAGUUCUUGGGCCCGGUGUAUUCAUGAACUACAUUUGGACCGGCCUUUUCCAGGCUGCCAGCAAAGUCAGAGCGCCCUACUGGAAGGUCUACAACUCUGCCUACGUACAAGGAUGUGAUAGUCUCGUGCCAUAUUACCCAAAACUUGAUGGUAUCCCUGGCGGUGCUCAGGUUGACUACCGAGUCGAGGAGCUCGACGUUUGGAUGUAA